CAACUGGUUAUGUAUUACGUCUGAAGCAAGGACGGCCGAGAUAGCAGAAGUCCGCAUUUGUUACGAUGGUGUAUGUUGUUAAUACAUGUAAUAUUUCAGUCAUGUGAAAGACAUGUUGGAAAAUGUGAAGCAAAUGUUGCGCUGGGUCGUUUCGUCGGAAGAAGACACCAUUAAUUAACGAGAACAGUGUAUAAAACUGUACUUAUGUCAUUCAGUGUCUGUAAGCGGCCAUUGUGAAUUGUGACGUUUUGUUCGUAAAUUGAACAUUGACCGACUUGAACAAUUGCUGCCUGAUGAGAGAUCUGGUUUAUCAUAUCAGUAUUAGUUUCUACCCGUGGAUGGGUUGCAGAUAUUCUAAUUUCGUAGUUCGACAGGCUAGAAGGUGGUUGCUUCAUUAGCGUCUGCUUCAAAAGAUGCCUGUUGUUCUGUCGAAAUACAUUGAUGCCACAGCUGUUCGAUAUAAUGUUAAAAGAGAAAACGUUACCAGGAGCCUUGUUGCGUUGACCAUUUUUGUGUACGGCUUAAGAUUAGGUUAUCCAUACUUACAGUCGCUGUGUAAAAUUAGAAGACAUGGAACGGAACAGUGCGUUAUCAAUGGUAAGGAUUCAGAUGCUGUUGCACAGGCCAAGAAGGACGAGACGGCUGACAAGAAAAGGAAGGCCUCCAAGAGUAAUGACAGACAUCCGUCAGUAAAUCUUAAAUUCCUUUUGCAAUUACACAGACUUGUAAAAUUAAUGGUCCCAGGUAUAUGGACAGCUGAAACUGGAUUGUUGGUUGUGCAUUCGCUAGCUCUAGCAGCAAGGACUUUUUUGUCAAUUUACGUGGCAUCAUUAGAGGGCCAGAUUGUGAAAUAUAUUGUCCGACGAGAUGUGAGAAGCUUCGCGUUUAUGCUAUUGAAAUGGCUGGGCGUUGCUGUUCCUGCAACAUUCAUAAAUUCGAUGAUCCGCUAUUUGGAAAGCAAACUUGCCUUGGCAUUCAGAUCCCGGCUGGUUGAAUAUACAUACCGUAUGUACUUCAAAAAUCAGACAUACUACCGUACUGGCAACUUGGACUGUCGAAUAGAAAAUGCAGAUCACCGCUUAACAGAUGAAAUUACAGCAUUCACAUCUUCAGUUGCACAUCUGUACUCUCAUAUUACAAAACCUCUUUUUGAUUGCCUUUUGAUAGUAAUGGCUUUAGCCAGAACAAGCAAGAAGAUGGGAGCUGCUGUUAUCCCAGGUCCGCUUCUGGCAGCUAUUGUUAUUGGGGUAACAGGGCAGAUCCUGAAAAUGGUGUCACCAAAAUUUGGAAGUCUUGUUGCUGAGGAAGCAAACAGAAAAGGUUACCUUCGCUACAUACAUUCGAGAAUUAUAACAAAUGCAGAAGAAAUAGCAUUUUAUGGUGGUGAAAAGGUCGAGUUACACCAUCUACAAAAAGCUUUUGCAUCUUUGAAGAAACAAAUGAAUGUUAUAUUCUCUCAGCGUCUGUGGUAUAUUAUGUUGGAGCAGUUUCUGAUGAAAUAUGUGUGGAGUGGUACUGGAAUGAUCAUGGUUUCUCUGCCAAUAUUAACUGGAUCAAAGAAGGAGGGUCAGAACAGUUCUCCAGAUGGGGGAGUUAGUGAGAGAACUCAGUAUUUUACGACUGCAAGGAAUUUACUUGGUUCUGGAGCAGAUGCUGUUGAAAGACUCAUGUCAUCAUACAAGGAGAUUGUAGAACUUGCUGGUUACACAUCUCGUGUGGGAGACAUGCUUGAUGUAUUUGAAGAUGUAAGCAAAGGAAAGUACCUUCGGGGAGUUGUUGCAGGUGCUGAUACAAAGAAUCAAAAAACUGAUGAUAAAAUGUUUCACCUGGAAUUUAAGAAUGGACAAGCUGUUGUAAAAGGAGUUAUCCAUGAAACAAGGGAUAAUACUAUCAGUUUAUUGAAUGUACCCAUUGUGACUCCAAACUGUGAUGUGGUGUGCAGUAGAUUAACAUUGAAGGUGGAACCAGGAAUGCAUCUCCUAAUAACAGGACCAAAUGGCUGUGGCAAGUCAUCUUUAUUCAGAAUACUGAGUGGCUUAUGGCCUGUUUAUGAUGGGGAACUUCACAAACCACCUACGUCUGAUAUGUUUUACAUACCACAGAGACCAUAUAUGUCCAUUGGUUCAUUGGCUGACCAAGUCAUUUACCCCCAUACUGAAAAGGACAUGAGAGACCGUGGGUUUACUGUGAAACAUCUACAAAAAUGCUUGGAGCUUGUUCAUCUGGACUACAUUGUAGAACGAGAAGGUGGCUGGCAUGUUGUACUCGACUGGAAAGAUGUUCUUUCUGGGGGUGAAAAGCAACGUAUGGCAAUGGCAAGACUUUUCUAUCACAAACCUAAAUUUGCCCUAUUAGAUGAAUGCACAAGUGCUGUGAGUAUUGAUGUUGAAAGUGAUAUAUAUCAAGCUGUAAAAGAUGCAGGAAUUACAUUGCUGACUAUUACGCACAGGCCAUCUUUGUGGAAGUUCCACACGCAUUUGCUGCAGUUUGAUGGAGAAGGUGGAUGGAAAUUAGAAUCAUUAGAUUCCAAUGUACGGCUUACUCUUAAGGAAGAGAAACAAAAGCUUGAAGCUCAACUUGCUGGUGUACCUGAUGCUCAAAGGAGGUUAAAGGAACUAUGUGAAGUGCUUGGAGAGAGUAUGGAGUCAUAAAUCAGCUUCAGAAGCUGAUAGAAGCAGACAUGUGAUAUAUGAGACUUCUGUUAAAUUUUAGAAUGUCUUAAGGAAUACAAUUAAUGAACGUGCCAAAUUUUGGAUCACCCAUGUUGAAAAGUUUGCGUGUCAAUGGGAUGAGUGGGUACACAUCUUCUUUGAGUUUGAAAUGUGAUAAAGAAACUGUAUUAAUACAUGCAAGAGUUCCUUGUUUAUAUAUUUGUUCAGGUUUUUGUACUGUUACGCAAAAAAUAAAAAAAAAUAAUUUUGUUA